GUAAAUCUCUUUCAAAGCAUUAAAUGAAAAUAAUACGGUUCAUUAAUCUUUAAUAAUGUUAAUUUUAUUUAAACUAUUACUUAUAAUCAUCACAAUUAUUACAUCUUCAACUGCAUGGAAUUUUUCAAAGGUUAGUUUACCUGAUGAUGUACUGAUUUGGCGAUUUGUUCUUUGGAAGAAUAGAGCAUAUCUAGCAAUACCAAGGUGGCAAAGUGGGUUAAAUAAUUCAGUAACAUUACUGGAAGCUCCAUGGAUAGAACCGGAAACUAUGUUCCUCAUGAAUAUUCCACAGCCAUCGGUUAAACCCUUUCCAAGUUUACAAGAGCAAUCUUUAGGUGAUGAUUGUGAUAAUAUUAUUUCAGUAACUGGAUUAGAUAUUGAUAGUCGAGGAAGAUUGUGGGUCUUGGAUUCACCGACGAGUGUUGAUUGUUCAGCUAAAAUAAUUAUAUUUGAUCUACAUCGAAGGACAGAGGUAAGCAGAAGUACUCUAACAGGAGUUGCUACAAAAGAGCUCAAAACUAUUGUGAUAGAUCCAACGAUUGGAUUAUAUGGAUAUCGAGGAUAUGUUGGUGAUCCUGGCGACGAAUCUAUAAUUGUCUACAAUAUAGGUCGAACUGGUCAAAAGUGGUGGAAGCUGAAACUACUGCAUAAAUCAACUGUUCCCCGUAUCUACACAGGCGAUUUGGCGGUUUCAAAAAGGAAUUCACGUCUUUAUUUAACUGGAUAUAAAUCUCUAGAUCUAUUUAGCAUAGAUCUUGAUAUAUUAAGAUAUGAAGACUUUUUAUCAUUCCCACGAAAAGUAUUCAGGCAUAGAAAUGCAAGCGUCACGUGGCACGGAAUUAAGUUGGGUCUUUCAUCUGGACUUUUGUGCGAUUCAAAGGACGGCCUUCAUUACUUCUUGGUUACAGAAUACGCCAGUGUCCGGUGGGACACGAAAUACGAUUUGAAAGCGACAAAUCAUGAAAUUCUUGAGCAAAGUGAACAAGUUCUUAGCAUAACCGAUUAUCGUACGGACUCACAGAAGAAUGUAUGGGGCUUGGUGAACGGACACUAUCCUUUUAACAAGCGGAAAAACUUAAUUGCAACAAAAAAAUGGAAUCCGACUAGCCGAGUAAUUCAGAUACUUCAUAGCCGUUCGUUUAAACCAUAAAAACUCAUUCAAUAUGGUAAGUGUGCCAAUUAGCAGCUCACUAAGGUUCAAAUCUAUUUCAUAUACUAAUUGAAAUAUCGAAAAGUUGCCAGUGAUUGAUGGCGAACUCAUUGUAUGAGGUUAUAAUUGUAACAUUGCAUAUUAUGUCCAUAGAUUUAUUUAUAAGGAUAUUUUAAUUGCACUUACUUUUCUAAAUAAUUUUCUCGUUAACGAAAUUAUAGCCAUCCAUCUUUUUGGAUCUUUUAUGGUAAUUAAAUAAAGUAUUUCAUGGUACAGUUAAAUUUAUUUAUUUUAAUUUUAAAUUUAUUGGUCUU